AUGAAAAAGACUUUACUUCAAGUUUUAUUUUUAACAUUAAUCCUCGGUGGAUUCGCCAACAUGAUCAAAGGCUAUAAACGUGCACCUCAGACUUCUGAUGAUUUUCCUAUUAACGAUGUAAACAUUUAUGCCACCACUCUUACUAAUCCUGAAGAUUGGCCAUGUGGGAAAUUCUCUUGCGAUGAUCCGCAUAUCAAUUUACAUGUUGACGUUCGAAAGUCUGCAAAGCAAAAUUAUACUGCACUUUACAAUUUUCAGAUUUAUUCAUAUAAACAAGCAGGAAAAAUCUGUUUUUAUGUUUAUGAAAAUCACGAAGAUAAAGUUUAUGUUGACGAUUUAUGUGGUGGUGCCCUAGAAAUUUUGGGCGACUUUUGGGGAACAUUUUUAUUUAUUGUGGCGGGACUAGUAGCCAUACCAGUAUUUACUAUCACAACAAUAUUGGGCAUACUUUUUACCUUUAUUAUCACUACUAUAGUGAUUAUAGUAAUCUGA